CUGCAACAAUUCCCAGGAAGACAUGUUAUAGAAUGACUAUAAAAGGAAAGUAUUUAAGAUUUACAGAAUGAUUAUAGUAUAAUUUAUAAAUGCCAUUAAGUAAGAGUCAAAACCUUUUCCUUACCUAUUGGCCAAUCCAAAAAAAUAAAAUAAAAUCCUUUUGUUGGGUUUUUUAAAGCAAAGAAAGAAAAAAAGGACUCCAACUCCAUUUUAUGUGCUCUGCUCUUCAUCUUCUUCCUCUCGGUUCUCUCCUUUUUUUCUUUCUUUGCUUUAAAAAACCCAACACCUUUUCCUCACCCAGAUUUAGCAGAAGCACAUCUAUCCAUGAAACUUGAAUAUUGCACUGCUUGAAUGCAUGAAAGCAGCAAAAACUGACCUGAAUGAUUCCUUGCAAUAACAGCAGAAUUCUUACCUCCCAAGUUUGACAGAUCAGCUGUUAAGUCUGUAAGGCUAAAAUUCCACUGAAUCUGAUCUAGUGAUUAGGGGUGGGCAAAUGUUGGUUUUGGUGAAAACUGAUACCGGAAAAGUGAAGAAAGGAGAGAGAACAUCGGAGAAGAUGAAAAAGGAGGAACAGGGGUUGAAAGCAGAUAAGAUUAUGAAGAGAAUGGGAGGAAAAAUAUGAUAAGAUGAUAUAUAAUCUUUUAUAGUUGCGAAGAAACCAUAAAAAUCUGUCGUAGAUCGUAAAGAAUCGAGAUUAAAAGUUGGAAACUUGAAGAGGAGAAGUCUUUAAGAAAGAGCAGACUAAGAA